ACUUAGGAGCGUUCAAACCCACAAGGAAGAGAGUCCUGAUUGGUCUGUUAAAUGACAUCACUAAUUAGCUGCAGGGCUCUUUCAAAGCGGAAGGCGGACGUUCACAGGAUAUAAAUACUGCCACACCAAUGUACAUCACAUCUCCUGUCCCUGCAACUCAGCACUACAAAGAUCCUAAACAAAAUGAUGAAGGUUAUCGCCCUUGUUCUCUGCCUGGCUGUCGCCGCCCUCGCUGAGCCUGUGAGCUACGGCAAGUACGGCAAAGGGGCCAUCGGCUACCCCCACGGUAGUACGUACGGCUACGGAAUGCUGGGAGGACUGUACGGAGGGCUGGGACAUUACGGGGGUAUCUAUGGCGGGCAGUACGGACUGAUGGGAGGUCUGUACGGAGGAGGACUUGGCAGCUAUGGUGGUCUUUACGGCAUGAGCCCCUUCAUGGGCGGCUACUACGGGGGACUUGGAACCGGUCUUGGCCUCGGAACCGGUCUUGGAGUCGGAAAAGGCUAUGGCUACUAUUGAAGAUCGAGCUGACGUCACUACCUUCGAUAUUCAUAUCUAUUUAUUGUACCAAUCAUCAUAUGUGCCAAAUAAACACUGAACUAUG